AGAUAAUUUUAGGGUUUUAAUUUGAGCGUGCGUGUGAGCUCAUCUUUGCUUCUUAUUUAAUCAUAUCAUCUUUCUUCUCUCUUCCUCCCUCCCUCUCUCCCUCCUUCCUUCUCUUCUCCUUGUGAAAUUCUUUCUCCUCGGCUUUGUUUUGUGUUCUACUCAAACUUCGGUACAUAUUUGGAACUAUCAUUUGAGGAAUUGUCUGGUGACGUUUGCAAACUGCACCGAGAGAGAAAUUCAGACAUCUAACUGUUUGAAUUCUCUCUCUCUCUCUCUCUCUCGCUCGCUCUUUAUCUAUCAAUCUUAAGGUGUUAUCUAUUGCAGCAGCACUUCACAAGUACAGAAACAUCUAGACGUACGUACUGCUUCAACAGAUAAGGUCAUCUGAGACUCCGUUGGAUUUCCUUCUUCAGAUAUCAUUAGAGGUUAUACACAUGGAUGCUUCAACAAAUGUUCCACCAGGUUUUCGCUUCCAUCCAACUGAAGAAGAACUUGUUGAUUAUUAUCUGCGAAACAAAAUUUCAUCAAGAAGGAUUGACUUAAAUGUCAUUAAAGAUGUGGACCUUUAUAAAAUUGAACCAUGGGAUCUUCAAGAAAAGUGCAACAUAGGGACGAAAGAGCAGAGCGAAUGGUAUUUUUUUAGCCAUAAAGAUAAGAAAUAUCCAACUGGAACUCGAACUAAUAGAGCGACAACAGCAGGGUUUUGGAAAGCAACCGGAAGAGACAAAGCCAUUUACUCAAAGAACAGUUUGCUGGUUGGAAUGAGAAAGACAUUAGUCUUUUAUAAAGGAAGAGCUCCAAAUGGACAAAAAUCCGAUUACAUUAUGCAUGAGUAUCGACUUGAGACGAACGAAAAUUGGACUCCCCAGGAAGAGGGUUGGGUGGUAUGUAAGGUGUUUAAGAAGAAAAUAGCAAUGACAAGAAUGGAGAAUGAACAUGACUCACCUUCUUAUUGGUACGAUGAAAACGUUACAUUCAUGCCAGCAGACAAUAUUGAUGAGAGCCCUAAGACAUAUGCUCAAAUGGAAACUCAAUUUCUCAACCAUAAUCCUUAUUUUUGCAAGAAAGAGAUUGACUCACAGUCUUACCACAAUAUUCCACAUGAUCCAAAUUUCCAUCAACUUCCUCAAUUGUUAGAGAGCCAAAAAGUUUCAUACUUAGCAACAAACAGUCUUAGUGCUGGAAACCCUAAUGCAGCAUAUGGUCUUGAUAUGAACCAACUUACACAAGAAUAUAUGCAUGAGUACUCGAGUUCAUCAGUUUAUGAUCGUGGCAAUAUUAACAGGGAGCAAGUAGCAAUGGAUCAGGUAACUAAUUGGAGGGUUCUCGACAAGUUUGUUGCAUCUCAAUUACUAAGCCAACAAGAUGUUAUUUCUAGAGAAAGAAACUACUCAAAUUCAUCAAUGGAUAUGCUCAAUGCAACUUCCGAUCAUGUUAACAUUCUCGUCGAACAAUCAAAUAAGGAAGAAGUGUACGCACCAGAUCAAUGUGCUUCCACGUCCACUUCCAGUGGUCUGAUCGAUCCAUGGAAGUAAGAAAUUGUGAGCAAUCUACUGUUGUAUUUUGAAAACUUAUGAGCUUUUAUAAUAUAUGUACAUGAAGUAUAUAGUACAGAACACCUAUCCUUUGAUUGGGUUGUUAUAUACCCUUUGGAAUGUUCAUGAUUAUUACCAUAAUAAGUACAAACUAUGGUAUUAAGUGCAUAAUAGCAUUUAUGUUUCUAAAUGCAUAAUCUUACUUCUCUGUAUUACUUACUAUUAUUUCUUUAGAUCAUCGAAUUAUUCUGAUAAA